AUGGCAUUAACGAAACCAAAAUCGGAAAUGUCUUCCGAAGAGCUGCAAGCGCGCGAGGAAGAGGAAUUCAAUACCGGCCCUUUAUCAGUACUAACGCAGUCUGUAAAAAACAACACUCAGGUGCUCAUCAACUGUAGGAACAACAAAAAACUUCUUGGUAGAGUGAAAGCCUUCGACAGACAUUGUAAUAUGGUGUUGGAGAACGUGAAAGAGAUGUGGACGGAAUUGCCAAGGCCUGGAAAGGGACGCAAGAAGGCGAAGCCCGUCAAUAAGGAUCGGUUUAUUUCGAAAAUGUUUUUGAGAGGUGACGCUGUUAUUCUGGUCGUUAGGAAUCCUCUUGCUACUGCCAGCGCUUAA